AUGCAGGCCCUCCGCAGGACAGCAGCGACUGCUGCCCGAAAAGGCCGCACCGCCGUGCCUCGCCAACAGCGCCGAUACGCCCACGAUGAGCACCACCACGCCCACAGCGAGCCCGUCAACGAGUCCAUGGGCCUAGGCUUCUGGAUUCCCAUUGGCGCGAUCCCCGUCUUCUCCGGCCUCUACUGGAUCUCGCAGAGCGACCCCAAUGCGCCUCCGAUCAUGACCCGCCUCAUCAACAAGUACACGGAAACCACCGAGCGAUACGCCGAGAGGAACGCCUUGCACGUCAGCAUGGUCGAGCAAGCCGGUAACGACAGAGUGCUCUUCAUGAAGACCCGGCCGCAGGAGCACGUCAACAUGCGGUUCCCAGAGAUCAUGAACCAGGGCUCGCCAUACAACGUCCCUGCCGGACAGGUCAACAACAUGGAGAAGGUCAUCGAGAAAUUCAAGAGAGAGGCCUACGAGGACAACGAGCGCAAGCACCAGGCGCUGGCAGACGACAAUAUCAAGUCCGAGCAGCCAUGGGAGCGAUUCCCCGUUGCUCCUGGGCCCGCUGGGAGAGGUGUUGGAGCGGUUUGA